UUCUUAAAACCCUUCUUCCCCAUCCCCCCCGUUAACGAAUUUCUCCCGAAAUCCAAAGAUCCGAUCGAGAUGGCUCUCUCCGAAGGCGUCCUGAAAAAAGUGGUCCUCUCGUUCACCUACCUAACCAUCUGGCUCUUCCUCAGCUGCUCGGUGAUCGUGUACAACAAGUACAUCAUGGACCGCAAGCUCUACAACUGGCCCUUCCCCAUCUCCCUCACGAUGAUCCACAUGGCCUUCUGCUCCACGCUGGCAUACCUCCUGGUCCGCGUCUUCAAGGUGGUCGAGGACACCUACUCCAUGCCCCGCGACCUCUACCUCAACACCGUCGUCCCCAUCGGCGCCCUCUACGCCCUCUCCCUCUGGCUCUACAACUCCGCCUACAUCUACCUCUCAGUCUCCUUCAUUCAGAUGCUCAAGGCCCUCACCCCCGUCGCCGUCUACUCCAUCGCCGUCGUCUUCAAGAAGGACCCCUUAAACACCGGCAUCAUGGUCAACAUGCUCUCCAUCUCCCUCGGUGUCGCCGUUGCCGCUUACGGCGAGGUCAAGUUCCACACAUGGGGCGUUAUUUUGCAGCUUCUCGGCCUCACAUUCGAGGCCACCCGGCUUGUCAUGAUCGAGAUUUUGUUGGGUUCGAAAGGUAUUAAGCUGAACCCCAUCCUUUCCCUUUACUAUAUCGCGCCGUGUUGUUUCGUGUUCUUGUCUCUGCCGUGGAUGAUUCUGGAGUACCCGUUGCUGAGGGAAGCGUCGAGUUUCCGUCCGGAUUUCGUGAUCUUCGGGACCAAUGCGCUCUGCGCGUUCGGGCUGAACUUGGCCGUGUUCUUGGUCGUGGGGAAGACCUCCGCUCUGACCUUGAAUGUAGCCGGUGUGGUGAAGGAUUGGCUGCUGAUCGCAUUCUCGUGGUCGGUGAUCAAGGACACCGUGACGGCCGUCAAUUUGGUUGGCUACUUGUUGGCGUUUCUGGGUGUUGUUUAUUACAAUCACUACAAGUUGAAGGUGCUUAAGGCCGCGGAGGCGCAGAAAAACGAGCUGCCGGCUGACGAGGAGGCCGGGAGGUUGUUGCUGGAGACAGAAUACGAAGGGACCGGCAAGAAUAGCGAAACGCAGGAUUGAUUCGAUUCCUGAUUCCCAUUCCUAGUUUUGCGGAAAGGACGACACUGUUAUUUCACAUAUUAAAAUUGCGAUUUUAAAUUACAAAAGAUUGUAUUGUUUGGAGUAUUUUUAAAAAAAUUAUAA